AUGACGUAUGGGGAUUAAAAUGCUCUGAUCUUUGUCCGAUUUUAGCUUUUGUACUGCACUCAGAAGUUGUUCAGUUGCCAAACUUUUGCCCUAUUGAAUACGGAACUGGCGUGGACCUGUCACUGGGUCUUUCAGUGGAGUUUUUGAUUGCUUGAUGACGGAAUUUCUUUGGACUGUUUAUUGCGAGAUUUCACCAGUAACUACAGAGCGAGGCCGUACUACCAGCAGAAGUUCCCGGGUGUAAAGUGUCAUUUCCCCCGCGUGUGGUUUUACGGUAGACACGCUAUCCGAGUAGUUAUUUCGCAACACUUUUCGAAGCUGAACUUGUUUUAUCUUCUUUGAUUAUUAGCAGUUCAAAUAAUAUGUAGUUAUUUUUUAGCGGAAUUGAACAUUGACAAUUUGGAUAUGAGGAUGGGAUGUAUUGCAUCGAUAGCAGCUGAUAGAAAAAACAGCAAGGUUCAACCAGUUCCUUCACCGAACACGUUAAGAGGUGAUCUCAUAUCUCGGGAUGAAGCAAGAAAUAGAAGGAACAAGUCGGUCUCAGAUCGCCAUGUUAAAGCCAACAAACUCGCACAGACGAUGGCCUAUAACACAUUAGCAGAGAAGGAGAUGAUGUCAACUACAUCAACAGAGAGAUCAUAUCGGUCAGGGCGAGGAUUCUUAAUUAACUCGGCUAUGAACGGCUCUACUAACGCAAGUGAAAGAGGAUCGUCUUCAACUCUGAGUGAAGGAUCAGAUCAACCAGCGCUCAAUGCUAGAAACAAAACCGAAAAUGCAAAAUCAAGUCUUCCUUUCGCCGUACCAGAAGAAGAGACUUCCAGAAACUCUAGCCUUCAAGGUCUACAGGACACCAAAGAUCAACAAGAAACUCAGGCUUCAGAUGUGAAUGGUUAUGUACCGCACUCAGUGGACAACAAAUGUGAAGACAAGAGUCCUGAAACAAACUCUCGAUCAAAUUUGAAUAUUCAUGAACAUGUCAAAGGUCAUGAGGAUGACUCCAAAGCUAGCCAGAAAAACAAUGAAAAGGACAAAAGACAUGUAAGAGUGAGAUUUAAUGACAGCCCUACAGAGGUCAAACCAGAGGUCAAAGUUGAAGAGGUCCGAGACUCUGAGAAUGAAAGGACUGAUGUUGCCGGCGAGCAGAAUGGCUCUGUGGGAAGCGGGACUUCUCCUAAUUGUCAGUCUGCUGGAUGAUUCGGUGUCAGAAGUGGGGUUGCAAUUUAGAGACCAUUACCCUAUAAACCUAGGCCAAAUUUCAUGGCUCUGCUUACCGCAAACAAAGAAUCAACGCAAACAGAAGCAGGGAAUUCUGCGCUAUUAUCAAACGUAUUUCACAGAUUAGCAGUUAGGGAACAAUUUCAUCCACCAUUUUUGCUGAGCAAAAUAUUUUUGCUGAACAGAAUGCUAAUAUUGAGGAGAAAAUGGCGACUUUUGAGUAUAGCAACUGACACAUUUUGCACAGCAAUUUGCUCUGCUAUACAAGGGAAAUCGUUCACUAGCAGGGAAUUGUACAUACCCCAAGUUACUAUGUACUUUCGCUUACACAAUGGUGAUAGUAAGGGCAGAAUUCGAUGGUAACUCAGAGCCAUGAAAUUGGGACCAGUAUGGUUAGUAAUAAAGUAUUACAUCAGAUUUAUUUAAGUAUUCAACAUCAAAUGUACAAUUUGGUUUUACACCGAUCGAGCAGGAUUUUUUUUUUUUUCACUUUAAUUUUAAAAUGUUGACAAGAGUCAUUUCCUUGUGGCUUGCACCAGAAGUUUGUUAGUUUUGUAAUUAUUUGCCGAAAAACAUUUCAGUUGGAGUAGAGUCUGAUGGUCUUGUUGUUUAAUAUGAACCUUGAGUCUGCAGGCACCCGUCUACUAAUAAUUAUUUAUUUCACACUUUCACUACAAUAGUAGCAUUUUUUUUCCGUUUAUCAAAACUCAACGCAGGAAUUAGUGUAUGAAUGCCAAAGAAGACACAAUUUCUACAUUUCUGUAUAUUUUGAACACAAGUAUUAAAUAUUUCACUCAGAGUAUGUCCGUUUGUAAUGAAAGUUCUUUUUUAUUUUGUUGACAAUAUUGUUUUCAAUCAAAGCAGUUUCGGGGAAAAAAAUGGCCCCUAAGUAUAGACCUUGGCAGUAUCAGCUUGUGAUUAUAAAUAUGCAAAUCAACUCCUGCAUAGAUGAAGAGACACGCCCCAAGCUCUCGUGAAUGUUGAAACGGUCGCAUGUUUACAUAACAACAAUCAAACGUACAGAGUCCAAGUAUGGCACAAUGCGACCGAACAAAUAAACGUCCCCUCAUUAUUUGAAUAACUCUGACAAAUAAUUACUCCGAAUAUGUAGAAAUGGCGCAAUACAUUUUAAUAAUGCCUUAGCAACACAGAUAUUAGGAAUUACUCGGUAAUCAACAAGUUGUCAUGUCAGGUGUUGCUAUGUAGAUGUGUUUGGGGUGUGUGAAUAAUUAAAUAUUAGACUUCAUCAAUUGUUGGUCAUUCACUACCAUGACGACUUAAUGAGCUGUGCCUAUCUGUCUCUAACAAGCAAAGUGUUAGAGAGGGAUGGACUGCUUAGACCAGUGUCGGCCUCGAUAGAUGACUUUGAGGUCAGGUUGGGGCGACCUCGUUAACAACUUAUUUGAUAUAUCAAUUUAUCAUUUAUCAACCAGGGCUCACGCUGGCAUGGCAACAAGGUGUCUACUGUGAAUUCUUUUUAAAAAAAAAUUAACAAAGAACCAACUGUACUUUAUAGUGUUGUAGGUCUCGAGACUGGGCCCAAUUUCAUAGACCUGCUUAACGGCUGAUUUUGUGCUUACUACGCAAGUUUCCAUUUCAUAACAUUGCUAACCAUUAGCACCUGGAAAGGUAUGCUAACCCUCCUAUGCUUACUGUAUGAAAAUAUGUGACAUACAAUGCAAAUCCAUGGUGAACGCGCAACCUGUGAAAUACGCUCGGGCUUGAGCAAAUUUUUCUGCUAAAGUUAGCUUCCAAUAAACAGCACUGUGAUAUUGGCUCAAGAGCGUCUCGAGACAAUCUCAAAAAUGAUUUUGUGGUUUUUGCGGAUGAGGAGGUCACGGUCUCGGACUUUAAGGUUACGACUUCAACACCGGUCGUCUCGGAGCUCUGUUUCAGCCAUGAACUACUGAAUUGGGCUUGUACCAGUCUCCAAAUAUCACGAUCUCUUUAAAGGCCGUGGACACUAUUGGUAAUUGUCAAAGACUAGCCUCCACAGUUGGUGUAUCUCAACAUAUG